GGUCGCUUGGAUGGGUGUCUUACGACCCGUGUCUAGCCCUUUGGCGUCCCCAACAGUGAGAUUCUGACCCAGGGAAGGCUGUUUUGAGGACGCGGUGCCUGAAACGGGGCGAGAGGAUCCCCAGAACGUCUCGCCCGAAGCGGUCCCUCAUGGAGUCGGCGUUCAGCAGCCCCGCAGAGGCGGCCCUGCAGCGGGAGGCAGGCGCCGCAGGGCUGCUCACGCCCGUCGCGGACUUGGACCGGGUGUAUGAGCUGGCGCGCGUCGCGGGAUUUGUCCGUGACUUAGGGUGUCAGCGGGUGGCCUUGCAGUUCCCUGAUCAGCUCCUGGGAGACGCUGGGGCCGUGGCUGCCCGACUGGAGGAGAUCACGGCGUCCAGGGUGUUCAUUCUGGGAGACACGGCCUAUGGCAGCUGCUGUCUGGAUGUGCUGGGUGCUGAGCAAGCUGGCGCUCAGGCUCUGGUCCAUUUUGGCCCCGCCUGCCUGAGUCCUCCAGCCCGCCCACUGCCUGUCACCUAUAUCCUGGGCCAACGAUCUGUGGCCGUGGAGCUCUGUGCCAACGCCUUUGAAUCCCUGAAUCCAGACCCCACGGCACCGGUGGUGCUGCUGAGUGAGCCAGCCUGUGCCCAUGCCCUAGAGGCCUUGGCGACUCUCCUGCGUCCACGGUACCAGGACCUGCUUGUCUCCAGCCCAGCUCUCCCCUUGCCAUCAGGGGCUUUGAGUUUAGAGCCGGAGCCCCUGGAGCGUUUUGGACGCCGCUUCCCCUUGGCCCCAGGAAGGUGCCUGGAAGAGUACGGUGGCUUCUAUGUGGGAGGCUCUGCAGCCAGCCCUGGCGCUGACCUUGACCCAGACCUGAGUCGGCUGCUCUUGGGCUGGGCACCGGAGCGGCCUUUCUAUUCAUGUUGUGCAGACACCGGGCAGUCUCAGGAUGAGAGGGCCCGGGCUGGACGGCUAAGGGCCCGCAGACAUUACCUGGUGGAGCGGGCCAGAGAUGCCCGAGUGGUGGGGCUGCUGGUGGGCACCCUGGGUGUGGCCCGAUAUCGGGAAGCCCUGGCACAUUUGCGGCACCUAACUCAGGCUGCUGGUAAGCGUAGCUACGUGUUAGCCGUGGGCCGGCCCACUCCCGCCAAGCUUGCCAACUUCCCCGAGGUGGAUGUAUUUGUGCUUUUGGCCUGUCCUCUGGGUGCCCUGGCCCCUCAGCCUUCUGGCAGUUUCUUCCGACCUGUGUUGGCACCAUGUGAGCUGGAAGCUGCCUGCAACCCUGCCUGGCCACCUGCGGGCCUGGCCCCUUACCUCACACAUUAUGGGGACCUGCUGCCUGGCUCUCCUUUUCAUGUACCCCUGCCAUCACCUGACUCAGAGCUGUGGGAAACUCCCGAUGUGUCCCUCAUCACUGGGGAGCUGCGGCCUGCACCUGCCCAGACGCCAUCUAAUGCACCUGGGUGCGCAGCCCUGACCCCUCGGCCCCAGCUGGAGCUGGUUGAGAGUAGCCCUGCAGCUCUCUUCCUCAGUUCCCGCAGCUGGCAGGGGCUGGAGCCCCGCCUGGGCCAGACGCCCGUGACGGGUGCCGUGAGUGGGAGACGAGGAAUUGCCAUCGCCUAUGAGGAUGAGGCCAGCAGCUGAUGUCCCACGGGGCCAGAGGCACAGUAGGACUGUGGAGUCAACUGCAGCGACGUUGGUGUCCCUUCACCGAUCCCCACCUCUGUCAGGAUCCUUGAAGGAGCCUGGGUGGAAGGAGAGAGAUGGACCCCACUCAGUCCUGGCACUGGGACAAGACUCAGCACAUGCUGGCUUCGUGACGGCCUAGGACUGGCUUGUGAGCAGGGGCUUAGGGCCACCCUUCAAGCCUGUCUGACCCCCUGGGAGUAGGCCAGCACCUCUGGUCAUUUCCAAUACCUGGGCUGCAGUUGAGGCUCUGCCCUUGUCAAAAUGCAGGUACUAGGUGGUCUAAGCGCGGUUUCUCAACCUCGGCACCGCUGACAUUUGGGGUCGGACAGUUCUUUGUUGAACGGGAGUUUCCUAUGCAGUGUAGGAUGUCUAGCAUCAUCCCUGGCCUCUAAUAACUAGAUGCCAGUGACCUUUGCCCUUGAAUUGCAAUAACCAAGAAUGUCUCUAGACAUUGACCAAUGUCCCCUGUGGGGGCAAAAGUUCCCCUACCGGUCGAGAACCAUAGGUGCAGGCUUGCGUUCUCCAACCUCGUAGCUACUAAGCAUACAUGGUUAUUUAAACUCAUUUUAAAUUGGUUAAAGUGAAAUGAAAGUGGUAAUUCAGUUUGUCAGUCACACACCCAGUGCUAAACCAGCCAUGUGCGGGGCCAGCUCAGCUAUAGAACACUUACAGCACCACAGAGUGUUCUUGUGGAUAGCACCAGGCUGCACUGACUCGAUUUGUUUCUCAGGGCAGUCAAGAAACUUGAAUAAACCAGACAUUUUCCCCCCA